ACAUGGCCUGCUGCAGAAACGUUUUAAUAUAGUUAACUUUUGGAAGAUUUCACGAUGCUUUGGCGGUGCGUUAUCUGCUGCGUUUUUAUAACUUUUUCACUGAAAUUAUUAUUGAGCCAUAUUAAUCGACUGCACAGUCGCAGCUCUGACUUCAGGUUGCUCUGUGGCAUUGAUGGAUGCACUGAGGAAUAUAGAGUGUACAACUCAUUCUACCAUCAUGUAAAGAGAAGACACUUUCAACAUCUUCUUGAAGACACCAGACCUGGCGACGCCACACGUGGAGAUGAAAACCGACAGGAGGAAACCCAAGGACCGCAGCAAAAAGACAACAUUCAACCCGAUCAGCUUCCAGCCGACUCCAGCAGCGAGGAUCAGAACCUUCACACACCUGACUCAGUUGAAGAGCAAAUGGGCAUCGACCAAGAUGGAGCUGUCACAGUGCACCAAGAUCUGACAACACAUGCCACUGCCUUUGUUAUCAAUGCCCGAUCCAAGCAUCGUCUGUCACAGAAAGGCAUGAAUGACAUUGUUGCUGGGGUACAGCAGUAUCAAUCAUCACUAUUGGACAACCUCAGGACGCAAAUGAAGGAAGUUCUAAAGAAGAAUUCAGGAAGUACAACCAAUCAACUUGGAAAAGAUGCAAUGGAUAUAUUUGACAGUUUCAUUGACCCCUUUGCUAACGUUUCAACAACAUUUCGCCAGAACAGUGUUAUUAGGAAGCAGUUUUGUUGUGUGGAUGCAGAGGAAAUUCCAAUUGCUCGAACCAUAUGCAGGAAGAAACGUGGAGGAUCAACAGAUUUUGUCAUCAAAGACAAAUUAUUUUAUUAUGUACCAUUAGUCAAAAGUGUAGAGCAGUUCCUAUUACAUCCGAGGAUUUUGACUAUGAUUGAAGAGGUACCCCAGAGGUGCAGUGAAGGUUUUUUUCAUGACCUUGUUGAUGGUUCUCUUUUAAAAUCUCAUCCCUUAUUUUCAGAGAAACCAAAUGCACUGCAGAUUAUUCUGUAUACAGACGAAAUAGAGAUCUGUAAUCCACUAGGAUCCUUUUCAUCAAAGAACAAGUUGUUAAUGGUGUACUACACCCUAGGAAAUAUAAAUCCAAAUUACAGGUCUAAGCUGGCUGCUAUUAGGCUACUUGCGAUGGCUAAAUCAGCAGACCUCCGUCAAUCUGGUGUAGAUGUAAUAUUGAAUAGAAUAAAGGAAGACAUGGAUGCAUUGUACAGUGGUGUUAAAAUUCAAACUAUUAACGGGGAGAAAACAAUACAUGGUGCUAUGGUUUCUCUCUGGUGACACCCUGGCACAGCAUGAACUCGCAGGGUUCAAAGAAGGAGUGGGCUUUGCUUACUGUGAGUGUUCUUUUGAGGACAUGCAGUCACAAUUCAACGAGGAUGCAUAUAUUAAAAGAACAUUGGAGAAUCAUGUCAGACAGUGUGAUGAAAUAGAAAAGGCUAACACAGACUUGCUUCGCAACAGCCUUAGAACAACAUAUGGGAUCAAUCGAAGGAGCAAGUUAGUUGACUUCUCAUCCUUUGAUAUUAUUCGGCAAACCCCGCAAGACAUUAUGCAUGUCAUUCUUGAGGGUAUAGCUUCUCUGGAAAUUAAAUGUGUUUUGAAUCAUCUUGUUCAGUCAGGAGAGUUAAAUCUGGACUCUGUGAAUUCAGCUAUUCUUGGUUUCCCUUAUUCGCCUCUAGAUGUUAGAGAUCGACCAUCCCCAAUUUCUCCGAGUACACUGAUGUCAACUGAUGGUAAACUAAGGCAGUCAUCAGGGCAAAUGCUUGUCCUGUUGAGGAUAUUGCCAUUUGUUUUGGAACAUUUGAAAGUCAAUGCAGUUGAUAAUGGACUUAAUAGAGAUUGUUCAAAUAGUGUUUGCACCUGUUCUUACCAUUGCAACUGUGUCAAGGUUAAAGUUACUGAUUGAAAGUCAUUUGAAGCAUUGGAAGGAGCUUUUUCCAGACCACAAUGUUACACCUAAGCAGCAUUACAUGAUACAUUUGCCAUCACAGAUAGAAUCAUUGGGUCCCAUGGUCAGACAUAUGUGUAUGCGGUUCGAGUCUAAGCAUUGUUUAUUUAAGCAAUGGGCCUCCAAGCUCAAUUUUAAAAAUGUAUGCAAGUCUUUGAUUAAUCAGAACCAAAUAUAUGAAAGCUGCCAAAAUGUUGACCCUUCCAAGCACCCAAUUUUUUCAAAUGAAAAGGAGAUGGGUCCUGUAUCUGAGGUUAGAGAUCUACAAUAUUUACAUGGGAAAUUGAGGGACUUCCUAGGUUUUAGUGAAAUUAACCAUGCUGUAUCAGUGAAAUGGCUUGUGAUAAAUGGUAAUAAAUACAUUACUGAGAAGUCCUUGAUCCUUGCCAAUGUACUAAAUGGUAAUACACCCGAAUUUGGACUUGUCAAAAGCAUAUUUCUUGUUGAUUCUAAGCUUUAUUGUUUGGAAUAUCAGCCUUUUCAGUCCAUAUGCUUUGAUAGAAAUGUUAUGGCUUAUCAAGUUGAGGUCCCACACCUUGCACAGGCCACUGAGUUAGUGGAUGCUGAAAAGCUGGUUGAUUUUACCUCUUAUUACACAAUCAGCAGAAAGGGCCAAACCUAUGUACAAGUGAAAUACUAUCUUGGGGAUGUAAUGGAAUUACACAACAGUUCAAAUGACUCAUAGCGUGUUCCUUUGAUAUGAUGAUGUUGAAACAUUUAAAGCAAACUUAGCAGGUUUAAAUGUAGGACUAAGGUCCUGACUUAGGAUAUGUUAUUAGCAGAUUCAAAUGUUAGCUGUUUGGAUUCCAGAUGCGUUUUGCAUUAUAGUUUGCAGUGUACCUAAAUCAUCUGUAUCUUUGUAUAAUACUGGGUCUUUCUUUCAGGUUGUUUUAAAUGUUAAUUACAUAACAUGUUAUCAGCCAUUUAGGUGUUUAUCACAAUGCUGUUUAUGUUUGCUAAAUGCCCUUGGCCUGAAUAAUGUUACCUACUUUAACUUUUCAAAUGAGAUGUUUGCACAUAUUGCUCAAUCACUUUAGCUUGCUGAAGAAUAAUACAUGCUGAAAAGAAUGUUCUUAAUGCAGUAGUUUGACUUGGCUGGUGCUGUUAUUUCUGUAUACUGCAUUUCAUAUAUGGACAUACUUAAUUGAUGUACUGGGUUUUAGAGCGACAAUAAAACAAUGAAUUUCA